UGGUCUAGGUACAUCCUCCACCCUCCUUUCCUUCUCCUCGGGGGUCUUCUCCUCUUUCUUUCUUCCGAUUUGCUCUUGAGUUCUCCUUCCUUUUUCUUUAGGACUGGUGGUCCCUCUCUUCUAUGAGACACUAAGGGGAGCUGAUACCUUGUUCUGAAUAUUAUAUACCCAUUAUUGAUUUUGGGAAGUAGGGGAAAGGUAGGUGACAGCUGCCAUACACAGAAGGAUUCGAGAUCUCUCUCUUUCUCAUCACAAAAACCCACACCGGUAGCGCUGAACGGGUCUCCUGGCCGCUUGGAGAUGGAGGUGGUUGAUUUUAAACUGAUAUUGGGAGCCCUGUGCUAAACUCUACCAAGUCUUUGGGCGAAUAAUCAGCUUGGAUUCAUCUGCCAGGAUGUUUUGGCAUUGCUUGCCACCGGCUAUGCCUGUUGGGUAGGUGCUCCCAAUCUUGAAUCCUUUCUUAAGAAUCAUCUUUAUCACUAUAACUGUGCUUUGGAUAACUUUGCUGCUUCUCUGGAUUUGUUGCUUUGGGAUUGCUGCCUGCCCCUGCCAAAAAUGUCAUUGCUGUCUUUUUCUUUGUGAGUCUUUCAGGCAGGGCAUGUUCUGUCAGACACAUCCUUAAGAAGAAUUUGGAUUUAUAUUGCUCAGGGUUUUGCUUGGAUCACUGCCUGCCUCUGCCAGUUGACUUUGUCAUCUUGAUAGGUGGCCCAAAGACCUCACUUACCUCCUCCUGGACAUUACAGCGGCAUUCUUCUACAGGAUAAAAGCACAAGAUGCAUGGUGGCACCAACUGCACCAUGCUGUGAAACUUAGGUACAGGGAUGAGAGUUAAGAACAGAGAUAUUGAAUAUCACCCAAGCAGGGUAAGUUUAGAGCCUGUUUAAUUCCAUCUACGUAUGCAUCUACGUAUGGUAGCUACUAUUAUAUGGGAGAGAAAGGUGGAAGUGCAUGGACUUCUGCCAAAAUCAUUCUGUGGAAUUUAAUAAGCUAGUCCUCAGGCUAUAAAUGACACCUAGGCUAGAAAAGAAAAGCUGCUGCAAAUGCUAAUUGGAGAGGUAGCAAUUGGUAUGUAAUAUUCAAGGAGGAAAAUCAUGGGGGGGGGGGUGUGUGCAAAUUGGCUUGUCCCAAAAAUGGGGGAUCUAAGAUCCAAUUAACCUGCAAUUUCUGCUAUUUAGCUCUUCACUUCUUCCAAUCUAUUCAAUCCUCAACUGGCACUGGAUGCUUCUCCUUGAAGCCUUAUAAAUAAAAUUCUGAGCUUCCAUGUUCAGAAGUAGUUUAACUCUGAACAGUAAAGGAACACUGCUGCUUUUGUGAUUUCCUCUGCAAACCUCCCAAAGCAUCUGGUUGGCUAAGAAGGAAAUGAAAACCUUCAAACAGAGAAGAAAACAGAUAGCCACAAAUUUAAGAAAAAAAUCCUAGGAAACAUCUGAGCACUCUGACUUUCCAGUUGCUGCUGCCAUACAAAAAGCCCAGCAUCCGUAUCAGGAACUCUUUGCUAUUUCCCUAAAUGUUUUUAAAGAUUGCUAGGUGCACCACUUUUCAAAGCAGAAGCGGAUGGGGGCCCGGAUCCACCUCUCGUCCCAGAGUGCAUGACUUAGUACUGCGGACCAAGGAAAUCACUCACAUUCUCAUACAAAACUUAUGGAGCUGCAGAGACAUUCCAAAUCUAUAAAGGAUCCUCAUAAAUUCUCAGAAACGUUGGAUUGCCUGCAAGAACCCAAAAGCAAUGUGGGUCAGCAUAUCAACCUGGAGAUGGGGGUUGAGGGAGAGGAUGCCCAUUCUUCACCUCCUAAACUCUCUCGGCCACCAGCACCUUCUCCUAGCGGCACCCUUGUCCAAAGUUUGAAUAGCUUACCGGGAGCAGACAGGCGGGUACACGCUCCGGGUGUGACUACAACAGGCCUCGACCAAGGAGAAACCUCUCGACUAGGACAUUACCUGUUGAUUGACAACCAGGGGAUGCCCUACACUGUACUGGUAGAAGAAGGAGUGGGGACACCUGCGGGCCCUGAAGGGGGUGGGAGUGGGGGGACCUUGCGCAAGGUAUACAGCUGCCCUGUGUGUUUGCGAACAUUCGAGUACCUGUCUUACCUCCAACGCCACAGCAUUACUCACUCAGAAAGCAAGCCCCACAUCUGCCGGGCAUGUGGCAAAGCUUUCAAGCGCACUUCCCACUUGGAGCGUCAUAAGUAUACCCACUCGGGCCGGAAGCCUCAUCAGUGCCCCAUCUGUCAGCGCCGUUUCCGUGAUUCUGGAGAGCUCUCCCAUCACCAGCGGGUGCACACUGGCGAGCGGCCCUUCCAGUGUGAAGCAUGCCACAUGCGCUUCGGGGAACGCAACACCCUCCAGAGGCACAUCCGCCGGAAGCAUCGACUGCAGCUCCUCCCCACGCCAUAAAGACUGGCCUUUGGGGCGGGGGGGGGGGACUUAAUUUGGCCUGAAGACCUAUCUAGGAAAGUGUCAUCCAGGCUCUGUUAGCUUCCAUGCAUUCAAUAAUAAUCCUAGCCUGCUUAAAUCUGCCUGGGCUUUAUCGAUCCGAUAUUUCCACAUCUGUCAACACAAUGACAACUUGUUCCAUAGGAAAAACUGGAGUGCAGAAUUUCUCCCCAGUGUGCUAAAAAUUGGCAGGCAUGCUGAGAGCAGCUUGACAAGAUUUGACAUGGACCUACUUUCUCUUGCCAACGAGGACUUGGUAUGAUAUUUUAUAUAUACUAGAGUGUAUCAUGCCUGUAUGUACCUCCCCCCCACCCCCGCCAGGAAGAUCCUUUCCCUUCUGCUUUGUUCCCAAGCAUCACUGUUACCUUCGCCCGUAUAGGCAGUGCACACCUAGCAUGGAUACAAUGGCUGAACAUCACUUCUCCACCACGUGCACCGUAGUGUGGUUGCAUUUAGCUUCAGUGUUCUGGUAGGAGUCUUUUUCUUGUGCCAGGCCUAAAUGGCAGGGAGACUCCAACAGGCCCUGGGUAGACUUACCCAUACUGCAUAAACACUGCCUUUAUUAUCUAUGCCCCAAAGGCCUGUUUAUCAGAUAGACCAACAUUGCAUGCCUAUUUAACAAUGCCUCUGUAGAACUGGCAUUUAAAUCUACCACCCGCUAAGCAUGGAGGUAGGCCUCCCUUUCCAUAUAUUGUUCAAUACCCAAACAGCCUGGUGGAAAACUAGGUCCUUCCUAUCCAUUCUAGAGUUUGUAUCAAGAGUCCAACUGGUGUGGGAAGAGAUGCCAAACUGGACAACUAUGAGGAUACUUUUUUCUUCUACAUAGGAUUUGAAAGAGAAUGGAGGUUUUGUCCGAGUGAGCGAUAGAAGAGACUGGGGGAAAUGUCAGCUAAAUUUAUGGAAAACAAGGAUUUGGCUCUCCCUUUAUGAUAAUGUGA